AGUGAGGUUUGCUCGGUAGUCAGUCGCAGUUGGGCCACCACCGGCUCUCGUCCGGUGCAAACGACUGUCUCAAAAUGUCUCUCUCGGUUUUACGCAAUUAUGCAGUCCUGCCUCUCCGCAUGGCAGGUUCAAUAUUUGGAAACUGUGCCAUGACGAUUUUUCAUCUGAUUGCGCCUGGAAAGUUUUUCCAAAUGUUUCUAAAAGAUACCGGGUUACAACAAGACAAGAAAUACCUCGACUGUGUUCAGAACUCCGUCGGGGACAUAACGUUCUUCUGGCAGAGACUCAAAGCGAUGUGGUUCGGCAACAUGCAGGAGGCCAAUCUGACGGUAGAGGUGGGAAGCCCCGCCCCAAACCCGGCCCUCGUCAGGUUGAGUGACGGCGUAGAGUGUCACCUGCUGGACAUGGCCAAGGUGGGCCGGCCGCUCGUCAUCAACUUCGGCAGCUGCACAUGACCUCCGUUCAUGGCCAACCUCGAGAAGUUCCGCAAGAUAACAGCGGAAUACUCGAAUGUGGCCGACUUCAUUUUGAUCUAUAUUUCGGAGGCGCAUCCCACCGACGGCUGGGCUAUCGAGGGAAACGUUUUUCAGGUCGCUAACCAUAAAAACAUGGAAGAGCGCGAAGCAGCAGCAAAACAGAUGUUGGAGAUGGAGCCUCAAGACUGUCCGGUUUUCCUGGACAAGCUUGAUAAUGCAGCCAACAGAGUUUUUGCUGCUCUGCCCGAGAGACUUUAUAUCAUUAACAGAGGAACUGUAGUGUACAAGGGCGGUCAGGGACCUUUCAAGUACGACCUGGAAGAAGUGGAAGAGUGGCUGAAGACGCACCAAGAGAAAACUGAAUAAGAAACCUGAAUUGAAUAAAACUGAAAAUACGACGAAAAUGGAGAUGAUAGCUAAAUUUUCUUCGAUCUGGCAUAGUUUCACCCUGUUUAAUCACACUAUUUGUAUUUUUAUACAGCACUGUUAAAGAAAAGCCUAUCACAUUGUCAGUUUAGUUUGUUAUAGAAAAAUCACCAUCUUUAUUUCGUGAUGAAUAUCUGUGGAUCACAUUUGUAACUGACUGAAACAUCAGUGAGCAAGUAACACGGUGCCUAAAGUAUGACGUGUUCAUCGCAACGGUUCUUGUACCAGGAUGAAUGCUGAUGGAGUCCCUGGCAUUAUUUUACUGGCUUCACUGGUCGGUCAGCUCUGUAUGUGAGUAAGGAUAGAUUGGUGCUUGAACUUUGACUGAAAGAAGUAGAAGCACCUGAUUGAUCUGGAGUUCAAGAAAUCUGCAUGAUAGAUGAGUCAGAAAGGCGAAUAACCAGGGCACAUCUUGAUGUUUUCUUCAGUCCUGUAUUCGAGAUCAGUCGGGUGUUACUUUUUCUUAGAAUGUAUACAUAUGGAGAACACACACACACACACACACGCACACACACACACACACACACACACACACACACACACACACACACACACACACACACACACACACACACACACACACACACAGCUUUUAAUGUGUAUGCUUAACUGGAUGAUAAAGAUAAGAAUAAACAACUUUAUUUUCUUUGAAAUCUCUGAUAUAUAGACAUUAUUACCAUCAUACAGCUUUCCUCUUCAAAAGGGCUAAGGAUCGUGGGAUUAUAGUUCAACUCCCAACCAAACUACAAAAAAGAAUACAACAAUAGGAAAGAAACAACUAAAGAUGGAAUCCUCAUUAACAGGAAAAAUAAGAAUCUAGCCAGAGAGGAAAUUCUUUUUUCAGAUUCGCGCAGCCUCCAACAGUGUACCUGGACUAUUUGGUGCUGUUCCGGAAAUUCCUGCAAGCUACAGUAGAAUCCUUUGUACUAGAAAAAAAUGGAUUUCAUACCCUUCUAUUCCUGGCAUAAUAACGCCAGGCUUAUAUCCCAUCCCAUCUCUGGUAUAUGCACUUUAGAACAUAGAAAGGAUGAUCCCGCGGCAGUCAUUACUUUUAUCUAUUAUCUGUACACUCUGGAGGGGGGAGGGGGGUUGGGAAAAAAUAGUACUUUUGUACACUUGGGGGAAAAAAGAAAUGGAUGACCCCUAAGGAAAGUCACCCUAUAUAUAAUUUUUUAAGGAGAGAGUAGCCAGGCGUCACGUAGUACAACAUUUUCGGUGUCACUACCUUUGUAAAUAGUAUACACGUUUAGGAGGUAUGAAUAAUAUUCGCUUCUUUCAAAUUUUAAUACUGCUGCAUACAAUCAGGGCAUUCAAGACAACCUUUGUAGUUAACGAAAGUAGAUACAGUAACAACUCAUUUAUUCUUUACGUUUUAUGAUGCUAAUAGCACUUUUACCAAUUUAACAAUUUAUAAAUUCUACUUUUAUCUUUAUUUAUGACGUGCCAAUACCUAGAUGUAAAAGUAUAUACAGCAAUUAUUUUAUUUCUACUUGUUUCAUAAUAUGUCAGUUUCCCUCAAUCUAUGUACAAACUUUUCGGCGAGCAGUAUCUGAAAUUUUACAAAUUGUUCACAAAAUGAUUCCAUUUAUAUGAUGUUUUUCGCUGCAUAUUCAAAACAUUAAAAACGGAGGUGUAA